GUUGACUGAUUUCCGGGCUGUGCGGGGGUAACAUGAAUUGGGACAAAUGUGAGAUGGACAAGAAGGGACGUUGCACGUUGGUGUCAGAGGUGUUGACGAUGUUGGUAAUGUUGACAUUAUUUCUUUCUUUGACGUUACUGUCACUAUUGUAGUUCUUGAAGUUGUUGAAUUCAUGUAGCUAUGUGAGGUGCUUCGAAGCCAUUUGUUUUUUUCUGAAGAUGCAUUUCCUUAAAACGCACUUCAAGCAAUCAAAAACAAAGGAUGCAACAACAAACUUAUACUAGAGAGUUUACACCCUUCGAAAAGUAUUACUUUUGGAGGAACAAGCUCAACAUGUACUCAAAUUUUAGAGUUGCGGUGGAGUAUAUGGAGGAGCUUGACACUGGUUCCGUAUUCCAAGCUCUUUCAUUGAUGGUUUCGCAACAUACAAGCCUUUCAAUGAACGCAUACCCCAAAAAAGGGUGCACCUUUUUUGAAUUCCCCUACACUCUUGGUUUGAUGGACUCUUACAGACUUUCGGAUGUUUUAGAAAUUAUCAAUGACGAGAAUGUGACCGUUGGAGAUGUAUUUAACCAGUUGCAAGACGUACAUUUCGAGUAUGGGACGUCAAAGCCUCUAUGGUCGUUGAUUCUACUUAACAAAAAGACAUUGAUUUACUACAGUGAUCACCUACUAUUUGAUGGCUCCUCGGGUCUGAACUUUCAUAAAUUGUUUUCCCAUGCUAUCGAAGUCAGCGAAAAGGCUGAGAAUUUUGACGCUGAAGCCUCAAUUCUCUUUGAUAUCACCAAAGUUGACAACGACUUCCAACUUCCACCGAAACCGUCAGACCUAAUAGACUAUUCAGUUCCCCGUUUUUACCUCUUGUAUGCUCUCAUGUUAAUCUGCUUUCCAAAGAGCUUGUCUGAUAUUGUCAAAUACUACUUUAUUGAUGAUGCCAGCAUAUCCAAAUCGAAAACCUACAACACCAUUGUACUUUCUAGAAAAAUGAUGUCUUAUAAUGAGGACGGUCCUGAGACGAACAAAACUCACAACAACAUUGAGAAAAAUAGGGACCGUUGUAAACUUGUGCAUAUUUCGAACACAAAACUACAGCAACUCAUCUGUGAUUGUCGUAAAUACAAUGUAAAGUUGACCUCACUCCUUGUAGUGAUGUCCUUAUUGUCGAUCUCUAAAAUCACAGGAAAAGAAAAAGAUACUAUGGUUGUGAUACCCGUCAAUUCAAGAUCCAAAAUUGACAUGAACAGGGUCAAGAUGCAUGGCAGUCCGGAUAUCAAGACAGAUUUUGGCCUUUAUUUAGGUGAUUUAAACAUGGAACUUCCUCCUGUUGAUAAAAUGUGCCAUAACGGUAAGAUCAACUGGAAUUUUGUCAAAUAUGUCAACGAUUAUAUUCAUGGUAGAAUGAAGGACUCUCAGCGAGACUUGGGACUAGUAAGUUGGGUCGAUCCUAAACUAUUUCUAGAAUAUCGAAAGAAGUGCUAUGAUGAUUCGAUGAUCGGUACGUUACUUGUGUCAAACCUAGGAAAUUUGAAAGACACUAACAAUGCAUUUCUCAAUGCAUAUUUUGAUCAGCCGUGCAGGUCUGGGGUGUUGAGUUUAUUUGCCAUGAAUGUGAUCAGUACUACGAGAGGUGGUGCUCAUUUGGCGUUACGUUCUGUUAAUCAACGAUGGCUUGAAGUAUUCAACGAAGGUGUGAUAAAUCAACUAUCGCAAUUUUAACAUGUGGGUAAACUGUAUAAGAUUCUUGUUCAGAAAGCAUAUACAUCGUACUCUAGAUUUUUUUGGGCAGUAGGAUACAUUAUAAAUCUUCCGUAACUGCUGAGAGGAUUUCACCC